GUCCUUCUCCAAUCUCCACGAACAUUAGCAAAAAAAAAAAAAAUGCAAGAAGUUGGUGAAAAGGGUAAAUUCGUCAACUGAGGCAAACAUGAGUCUGAUAAAUCUGACAGAGAAAUAAUCUCUCUCUCUCUCUGUUAUCUAGGUCUUUGUUGAUCUGUCUGUACUGGAAUACUUCCUUUAGUCCUCUGCUGAUCUAAUCCAAUCGAUUCCUACGAUAUUUUAAGAGGAAAGAUGAGGUCGCUUCAAGCACCAAUUGUUUGCCCUAGUGUUAGUCCCAGACAAUCGUGUGUCUCUGCUUCACUUGUCAACUGCUCUGUUUCGAAACCUAGGCUCCUCAGAAACCAAUUCUUGGGUCAUCGGACCAGAAAUGUCAAGUCUCAGAAUGCUACAGUCACUGUCCGGGUCCAUCUUCGGAGGUUUAAGAGUAUACAAUGUCUUUUCAGCUCGCAUUCUGACGGUACUGGAAGCACAGCUGAGAAUUUCAACGAGAAUGAUGAAGAUUAUGUCAAAUCUAGUGUACUGGAAGCUGGUAAUCUCGGUUAAAUAGUAAUCUCAUCUUGUAUGCACAAUAAUCCUCAGGGAGGGAAGCUUCCAAAUUAUGCUCCACACUCUGCAAUUGUGCUGAAAAUGGAAGAUGGAACUGGUCUUCUUCUUCCCAUUAUCGUCUUGGAGAUGCCUAGUGCGUUACUUAUGGCGGCAAUGACAAAUGUUCAAAUAGCAAGACCCACUAUGUACCAAGUGGUGAAGGAGAUGGUAGACAAGAUGGGUUACGAGGUUAGGCUUGUUAGAGUUACCACAAGAGUUCAUGAGGCAUAUCUCGCACAGUUAUACCUUUCAAAGGUGGGAAAUAAGUUGGACUGUGUCAGCUUCGACCUUCGUCCUUCAGAUGCAAUUAACAUAGCUGUUAGAUGCAAGGUACCUAUCCAAGUCAACAAGUAUCUAGCUUAUAGUGAUGGAAUGAGAGUCAUCGAGUCCGGAAAGAUAUCGAAGCAAACACCUGCUUCAGAUGGUUUAUUGUUUACUGAACUAGACCGGCCAAAUGGUCAGCCUUGUCUUGAUACAAAAGAGUUUGAUCUCUUGAGCAACAUGAUGCAAGCUGUUGAUGAAGAACGGUAUGAUGAAGCCGCCGAGUGGAGAGACAAGCUUGGCCAGUUUCAGGCAAAACGCAAACUAAGAAAAUACACAUGACAGGUAUUGUUAAUAUGGGCUCAUUCAAACGGCUUCUUAUACGCAAGCAAAAAGAUUAGCAAAUAGUGCCGUGUGUUUCUUCUUCAGGCAGCUGGGAGACGAAAAGUAUUUAUGUAUAAAAAUUUAUGUAAAUAAUAAAGAAGCUAUGGUCAAGUGGUGGAAGAAAUGCCUGCAAAAAUAAAAAUCUCUCUUGUAUGAUGGAGACUGGAGAAAUACUUUUCUGUCUAUCUACACUUGUGCACGUAGUAAAAGGACAACAAAACAAUGUAACGUAUAGCUUGAUCGUGAUUCAUGGAAUCAGUGAUGUGUACAUAUAAUACAUCGAUCAUCAUCUGUAUUCUGUAAUAUGGGUAAUUAAAACCUACUCGAUAAAUGAAUAUUUUAAUGAA